AUGGCAUUUGCAGCAGCUCUUGGAACAGGAACAAACAACAAAGCAGAGAUGGAAGCAGCAAUUUUUGGAUUGACUUGGGCAUUUGAGCUGGGGUACAGAAACAUAGUGCUGGAGCUGGAUUUAAAGCUGGUGGUAAAAUUGAUGAAUCAACAGGCUGCUCCUCAAUGGAAUAUCCUUGCUCAGCUUGACAGGAUUCAAAAGUUGAUGAGCCAAACCCAGAAGUUCAAAUGCAGUCAUGUCUAUAGAGAGGCAAAUGGGGUGGCUGAUGCACUGUCCAAACACAGCCACCAAACAGGCAGUCCACAAAUAUAUUUCAGCCAACAUCAAUUGCCUAUGGCAACAAGAGAAUAUUAUCAAAUGGACUUGAUGGAAAUGCCAAAUUUUAGGAGGAAGAAAACUAAGAAAAUUAAAGAACCUCCAUGA